UUUGACGAAAGGGUGGACUGGUGGAGUCUCGGCGUGAUGCUGUACGAGCUUGCUAUGGGAUCUGUACCAUUUCGCACGGGAGACUGCCGGACGGUGGGAGAUUUUAGCCAUGCCUUCGGUGAAAUGGAGAAGAUCUCGUCGUCUGAGGAGUGGUGGGAUAGGAGAUUCGAAGAUUUCAUCCGAGAUGUUCGUUGUGCAUCGCCUUCUUCGUCAACAGUUCUGUGCUAACGUCCAGAUUACCAUCACAGUUGCUCGUUCACGACCCACAACACCGGAUAAACGAUCAGAAUAUCAUGGAUCAGCCUGUUUUCGAUCCAAUCUGUGAUCUUUGGGAUGAGAUAGUGGCAAUGAAGCACCCGCCUUUGCCAUGUCCUUCGAUAGGCCCUGUGGACUCGGAUGUGGGACUUUCAUUGUACCACAAAAACGAGCAUUUCGAGCUUGACCGACUUCCUUCCGACCUACCACUACAGGACGACGAUACUCACAGCCUGCUUCAGCCCCUCCCUUCCUCCGCAUCAAUCUAUCAACUCUGCACAGACAUCGGUGAUGAAUUCUCUGAUACCCCUUCACCCUCAUGUUCUUCGACAGCGGACUCGGGGCUGGAUAUUGGAAACGUGAUUUUCAGUCCUUCGUCUAAUUUCAACAUUGCUGUGCGCGUGGCAUCGCCUUUGCCACGGGAACUUGAAGGAGAAAUGGAAGCGAGACAUCAUCAUAUGCUUAAGCGGCGUCGGGGGAAACGGCAUCUGGCUCGAAAUCAUCGGGAAUGGACGCUGGACGAGAAAAUCGCGAUAUCUUUGUUGAGGGCCAUGGAACAUAGGAAGACGGUGGAGAUUCCGCCUCCAGUUACUCCUUCGACCAUGGACGAACAGGAGUCGAAACCGAGCGUGGUUGGUAAGGUGUGGAGAAGGCUCAGGCGGAUUUCGUUGCGACGAUCGUUUGUUUCGUAGGACAUGCCUGGAUUGUUUUUUUACGCACAUUUGUACUUGUAGUCUAUCAGAACUUGUAGUUCACAGAGUCG